UGUUACUAGAACGAAAAGUCAUUCACACAUAUUUUUACCACAAUGUAUAAACUAGAAAUUAUAAUUCAUCUGUACGAAUGUAAUGCAAUGUAGUGUUUUGUUGUUUUUAAUAAACUGUAUACUCCCAUUUUCAGAACUUUCAAUUGUAUUCAUUAAUUAGAAGACUUUUUUCUACUACUUCUAAUUUUUUUAAAUAAUUUUACCAGAGAAACUGUAAAAUGAAUACUCCUGAUGAUAUUACUGACGUACAUGAUGGUGUUAUGGUGCCUCGGGUAUCAUUAGAUUCUAUUCCAAUCGAGGUAUUUCUUAUGAUUUGCGAAAGACUUGAUGCUGAUACUUUACUACGCUCAUUAAUGUAUGUUUGUAAAAAAUUAAAUGGUAUAAUUAGUGACAAUUAUUUAUGGAAAAAAAGAGCACUGGAAAAAUUUAAUAAUUGCGAUGUAGCAUUUACAUUGACAAAUGAUUUUAAAGAGGAAACUUUCAACUGGAAGCAAUUUGCUUGGCAUACCGAGUUGGAGGAAAAUUGCUGGAGUGAUUAUCAAAUAAAUACUGAUAAUUUAAUUUUCAAUGGCACUCAUUAUUCCGAAGUGGAUGCUGUUAUGAUGACAAAAAGUGGAGACCAUUGCAUAUCUGCAUCCAGAGAUCGUUCAAUUUGUUUUUGGAAUACAACUGGGAUAGAUACUAAUCCUGUUGCCCAUAAAGCUGAUAGUCACACUGGUUGGGUAUGGGGUUUAAAUAUGUAUGAUGCUAACCAUUUCUUAUCGUGUUCAUGGGAUUCAUCUGUUAAAUUAUGGAAUAUGGAUAACUUCUCCCAAGAUGUUGAACCAAUUCAUAAAUUUACUACUGACGCAGCUGUCCUUACAGUUACUUGUAAAGAAAAUUUUAUAGCUGCUGGGCUCUAUACUCCUAAAGUGGUUGCAUUUGAUCCUCGUGAUAGUGAAAAACAUUUAUUCGAACUGAAUCCUCACACACGAAGUAUUAUCGAAUUAUGUUUAAUUCAGGAUUACUAUUUAAUAUCAUUGAGUGAAGACAGAACUAUAUCUUUAUGGGAUUUGCGCUCUCAGAAAACUGUCAAAUCAAUGUAUCUUGCUGAAAAAAGUAGCAGAUUUCCAAUGUGUGCCUCUUAUUAUGAUAAUGUGUUGUUUAUUGGUGAUAGUCGUGAUCAUAUGUAUUGGUUAGAUUGUUCUGAUGGGGCUUUUGACGUACUUAAGACUGUGAAUUUUGUAAGACCUUUAAAUACAAGUAGAAAACGUUAUAAAAUAAAUUGUAUUAAAUGCACAAAUUACGGUAGUAUCAUUAUUGGUGGUAAUGAAGGAGCUGUGUACUUCAUAACACCAACUUCUCCUUUAAGAGUUAUAACCAAAAUUGAUUCAGGCUCGGAAAUAACAUCAAUAGAUUAUCAAAAUAACACACUAGUUGUUGGUUAUGUUGACAGUUCAGUACGAGUAUGGAAAAAAAAGUGACCUUAUUGACUGUGAUACCCAAAUCAAUUCCACGAAUACUUUUAUAUUAUUGUUAUUAAUAAUUCAAAUUUUAUCACUGUAACCAUUUUAAUUAAAAAAAAAAUACAAAAUGGUGAAUAGGGUCCCAUUGUAAUUCUGAACCAUUUAACCUUAUUUUAAUUUAAAUCAAUAACUGAAAGGCGAUUAAAUCUUUUAUUUAUAAACAAUACGCUUUAUGAAGUAAAAAUCCUUUAUUAUUUUUAAAAAAAUAAUUUUUUUUAUUAUGAUUUUAAUUGGUAUCCCAAACUAUAAGAAUACAAUAAUUGCUAAUUAAAAUUGACUAAAACCUAAUAAGUCAGUUAACUUAUGCUAAAUUCCUUCUUAAAAGACUGUAGACUAAUAAAGAUUUUCUAUAUUUUAUUGUGACUUUUUAACUAUUAAUUUUUUUAUAAAAUAAUAUUCUUGGAGAUCUUUUAUUUUUUAUGGAAACAAAUUUUCUGUCUAUUAAUUUUGAUAUUUUAUUUCUAAUUUAUAACUUUUUCUUGUUCCUUCGGCUAAAAACUAGUCUCUAGUCACUAAUAACUAUUAAUUAUUUUUUAUUUUUAACACCUAUACCAUUGAUUAUACAUGCAUAGUACAACCAUCCUGGACGUAUAAUCAAUGCCUAUACUAAAUAAACUUAUUAUUUUGAAAUAAAAAAUUAACUGUAAUAAUAGUUGCAUAUUAACUGUCACAAGAAAUAAGCAUUUCACGAAUGUUCUACUUAAAAAUAAUCAUACUGAUAGUAUUAUU